GCCAAAGAAACAAUCAGAGAAAAAACUGUCAAUAACUGACCGGAAAAAAAUGUGCUUUCACACCCCCACUAACCUGCGAAAGCGCCGCACGAAUGAAUGAACUCCUUUUAUUCUCUGUUUUAGGGAGAAGAAAAGAAGCAGAGUAGUGGAGCUGACUGAAAAGUUAGUGACGAAACGGUAGACGCUUUCCAGGUGGAGGCUUGAGGUUGACAGUACCGGAGUAUGAUGGUUGAUGGAGGAAAUGGCCCCGUCUGUGAAUGGAGUGGUCGAUGGAAUCAUAUCAAGAAGUUUCUAGAGCGAUCUGGGCCUUUCACACAUCCAGACUUUGAACCAAGCAAAGAGUCGCUGCAGUUUAUGUUGGAAACCUGCAGAAUCCUGCUUAUCGGGGCUGGUGGUCUGGGAUGUGAGCUGCUUAAAGACCUGGCUUUGUCCGGCUUUCACAACAUCCACGUUGUUGACAUGGACACGAUUGAUGUUUCUAACCUGAAUCGACAAUUCCUCUUCAGGCCAAACGAUGUGGGUCGGCCUAAGGCAGAUGUCGCAGCAGAUUUCAUCAACAGCCGAGUACCUGGAUGCCGCGUCGUUCCACAUUUUAAGAAAAUCCAAGACUUGGAUGAAACAUUUUACAGACAAUUCCACAUAAUCGUCUGUGGCCUGGACUCUGUAGUUGCCAGGAGGUGGCUGAACGGUAUGCUGCUGUCGUUGCUGGUGUAUGAGGACGGUGUCUUGGAUCAGGGCUCCGUCAUUCCUUUAAUUGAUGGUGGGACUGAGGGAUUUAAAGGCAACGCCAGAGUCAUUUUACCCGGCAUGACAGCGUGCAUCGACUGCACACUUGAGCUUUAUCCUCCUCAGGUCAACUUCCCCAUGUGUACAAUCGCCUCCAUGCCUCGGUUGCCAGAACACUGCAUUGAGUAUGUGCGGAUACUGCUGUGGCCUAACGAGACUCCCUUUGGAGACGGCGUGGCUCUGGAUGGAGACGACCCCAAUCAUAUCCAGUGGGUGUACCAGCGAUCUCUGGAGAGGGCAGCGGAGUUUAACAUAACAGGAGUCACGUAUAGACUCACCCAGGGUGUUGUUAAGAGGAUAAUCCCCGCUGUAGCGUCUACAAAUGCUGUCAUUGCUGCUGCUUGCGCGACCGAGGUUUUCAAGUUAGCGUCAAGUGCCUACAUACCUCUCAAUAACUACAUGGUGUUCAACGACGUCGACGGCUUGUACACGUACACUUUUGAGGCAGAGCGAAAGGAAAACUGCUCGGCCUGCAGCCAAAUACCUCUGGACUUGCACUUUGCUCCGUCCUCUAAACUCCAGGAGGUUCUUCACUUCCUCACUGAGAGUUCUUCUCUACAAAUGAAAUCACCUGCAUUAACAGCAACAGUGGAAGGAAAGAACAAGACGUUAUAUUUACAGUCUGUUGCUUCAAUUGAACAGAGGACACGACCAAAUCUCUCCAAGACUCUGAAGGAGCUGGGGCUGAGUGACGGGCAGGAGCUGGCUGUAGCCGACGUCACCACACCCCAGACCAUGCUGUUCAGACUCUGCUUUACCUCGUAGGACAAAUUGAAGCACUACCACGACCAGUUGAUGUCAUUUUUUGUUUUUCGCCUCUUGGGCCGACGAUGACUGGAUACCGAAAUAUUUACAAUCGUCUGGAGCCAUUUACAAAAUGUUUUAUUCAUCGAAAACAAAUUAUAUUUUUUAUCGUUUUAAUGUACAUAAGAACUAAAGUUGCACUGAAAAGCCAAAUUAUACGUAACAAUGUUGACCUGUUCUCAUCUGCAGUUGUUCGAGAUAAUCUGCUUCAAUGUGUUAUUUGCACUACAGCUCUUCAGUGUUCUCUGUGCAAACGAACAAAAACAAAAAACACAACACAUUUCUGUACUUGUCUGUGUUUUUGUUGAAUAUUUUUUUAUAUUUAUUUAUUUCAACACACUUAGUUGCAGUAAAGACUCAACUAGCAAUUAACUGAUAUACGACAUUAAAUGUUUGGGUUUUUCUAAAAAAAUAA